AUGUCGUCGAGCGGGAGACUCGAUCCAGCAGUCCCCGUCACCGCCAUCGCAACCGCAGAGUCCAGGAGCGUGAUAGGGGUGGAGACCCCAGGCCUGCAGAGAGUUCUCUCCUGGCGCAGUUCCGGCUCAAUCUUCUCCGAUGGCACUGAUCCCAAGAGAGGCGUUUUGCAUCGGAUGGAGCUCCGGACCAAGGAAGCCACUCAUGACUUCACCGCGAUCAGAGACCACCUCACCGCAUGCGUUGAGAUGUUGGAGGAGGCCAAGGAAGAAAUCGGCUUGUUCUAUCAGAUGCCGCCGCCGGAGAUUGUCAGACACCGAGAUCUUUUUGAGAGAAUAUGGGGUUGGGAACGUUUUUUUCCUGUCUACAACCUGAGGUACCUUGAGGAAUACUACCGGCGAAAUGCCAGAGCGAGCCUCGCUCGACCGCAACCUAUGCUAUCCCUUGUUUCUCUAGUCUACCUGGGUCGCGAGAAACAGGUUGCCAGUUCUAGGCUGUCUGAUGCCACCAGUGGGCAACAGCAUGCCGAUUCUGCUGAUGUCAAUGACAACUUGGCUACUAUUCUCGUCCAUUUGUGCUGCGAAAAGGAGACCGAACUGGUAUCUGAAUGGAGGAAGCAGGGGUUAGAUGGUGCCUCUCCUGAGAUCAGGCUGAGCACCGCGAUCCAGAAGCAAGUCAUAAAUCUUGUGCUGCCACAAAAGAAGCGUAUCAUACCUCCUGUUAUUCUAGAUUGCAUCAAUUGUAUCAUGAAGGAAGCUGAGUUGAGCCUUGUGUCGAUGAGGAAGGGGAUAAGGAAGGGGUCGCUUGCUGAUGACUGUGAUGGAAACUUGAGCCAAAACAUUCGUUAUGAGGUGUUUUGUCUCAUUAAAAAGUAUUGGCGUGCACAUCCGUCCUCUGCUUCUGUUGCUACCUGUGCUGUCCUGUUGGUAAGUGUUGGUGCCAGACCAGAAAUGGGAACCACAAAGGAAGCUGAACAGAUGUGUGAGAAGAGGAGGCAGGAUAGUCUCUUAUUUGGAGAGCAUACCUUGACUACAAGCAUCCGCUCGUUGGCCUUAGCUAUGUUGUCUGAUGAUAUGGAUGCAUAUGUGCUUAAUACAGCUACAACUGAUGGCUUUUGCUAUUGGGACUAUGUUGAUCCAGCUGCAAUAGACAUGCCUGCCUGGUGUGAAAGUGCUAAAGUGCACGUCGAUGGCUCUGAUGAGUUAAGCAAGGGAAAACAUUCAACAAAAAACAAGCUGGAAGAGGAUGUGACUGUUUACAACAUAACUAGAGGCUCUCAUGCGUUAAGUAGGGAAAUGCAUUCAACCAAAAACAAGGAAGAGGAUGUGAUAGUUUGCGACAUACGUGGAGGGAGGGUUGUAUUGACUUAAAAGGCUAGUAGAAAUUAUAAGGCUAUAGUGAAAGUCAGAAAGGCUUUCAUGCAUGCAUAGAAACUUGGGGGAAGGGUGGUGGUUGGUUAAAAUUAGUGAGCACACGGAGAUGCCAAUAAAUUGAAUAUGGACACUAACAGGCGCCAAUAGAUCCAACAGAAAUUUCAACAUUAAGCUAAGAUCUGCACAUCUUCGCAUUUUUUUUCGUUCAUGACGCAA